AAAGAUGCUAUACAAGGAAAGGACAUCUGGAGUGACCCCAAAGUGAGGAGCUAGGACAGAAGAUUGGCUCCAGUCACUAUCCCGGGCCAGGGAUCUGCCUGGCGCCGCAGUUCUGACCAGCUGCUCUUCGGUGUGUAUCCUUCCACAGCAUCAUGCUGCAGCAGAUCCUGCAUGACAUGUACAUCGACCCAGAGCUUCUGGCUGAGCUCAGUGAUGUGCAAAAACACAUCCUUUUCUACAAGAUGCGAGAGGAGCAGCUUCGGCGUUGGAGGGAGCGGGAGGCAUGGGACACCCUGGCUCAGGCAGAAGGCCUCAGGCCCUCGAAGGUCAAGCGAGCGAGCAACAAACAUAUCCAGUGGCUGCUGGGAGAAGAUGGCGAGGUCUGGGUGUGGGUCAUGGGUGAAGGCCCCGGAGACAAGCCCUACGAAGAGAUCUCUGAGGAGCUGAUUGCAGAGAGAGCACGGCUCCAAGCACAGAGAGAGGCUGAGGAGCUCUGGAGACAAAAGGAAGCAGAGAUCACCAAGAAGUUCCGGGAUGCCUUAGCCAAUGAGAAAGCUCGGAUCUUGGCAGAGAAGUGGAAAGUGGAGAUGGAGGACCGCAAGGCUGCCAAAAUCCUAGAGGAACGCAUCCAUGAGGAAUUCAAGAGGAAAGAGGAAGAAGAGAGGAGGCGAGGAGAAGAACAGAUUCGCCUCCAAGAGGAGCAGAGAGCAAAGGAACUCUAUUGGACCCUGAAGCAGGCCCAGCUGCACUGUCAAGCCAGUGAGAAAGAGGAGCGUGAGUGGGAAGAACAGUUACGCAGAUCCAAGGCAGCUGAUGAAGAGAGGAGCCGUCGUGCUCAGCGAGCCCGAGAUGAGUACCGGCGCCACUCACUCCGAGCCAUCCAGAAGGGCACUGUUGCUGGCUUAAGCACCAUGUUCCAAGAACUUGGCCAGAACCAUGAGCAGGAGACAAGACUCUAUCACCAGCUUCCUGGCAGCAGUCCACCAUCACCCCUCACAGGACCUGACAGGACCUGGGAGCGUCCUUUGCGUCCACUCUCCAGAGAAGUCAUUGUGCGCUGGUUCAAGGAGGAACAGCUCCCUCGCCGAGCUGGCUUUGAGAGGAAUACCAAGUCCAUCGCCCCCUGGUUUCAUGGAAUUAUUAGUCGAGAGAGUGCAGAAGACCUUCUGGAGAAUAUGACAGAGGGAGCUUUUUUGGUCCGGGUCAGUGAGAAGAUUUGGGGUUACACCCUGUCCUACCGCCUGCAGAAAGGAUUCAAGCACUUUCUUGUGGAUGCUUCUGGGGACUUCUACAGCUUUCUGGGAGUGGACCCUAAUCGCCAUGCCACCCUCACAGACCUCAUUGAUUUCCACAAGGAGGAAAUCAUCACGGUUUCAGGUGGAGAGUUGCUGCAGGAACCCUGUGGACAGAGGGAUAGCCCACCAGACUAUCACCUGUUGUUUGAAUGAUUUGUUUUCCUCCUCUUCAAACUCCUUCGAAUAUUUUGAUUUUGAACUGAGCUUAAGAAUGUCCCAAUUCAAACCUCAUGGUCUUCUGGAUGACCAGCAUUUAUUCUGAUGAACAACUACAUUAGUGAGUCUCCAGAAUGUGACCUACGAAAUGUGACUGCAUUUGUGAGACUGAUCCAAUUCUCAAGACAGAAACCCCAAAUAACAACACUCCUGGAGGCCUGUCUAUCAUAACUGUGCUAAGCUGAACUCCUAGAGAGAAUGGAUCACAUUUUAGUAACCCAAAGCAAUUCCAGUGCCGAACCUUACAUUUAACAUAGGUCCAACACUCAGUAAAUAUUUGUUGAGUGAAUGCCCUUCUGAAAAACUCCCAACACCAAUGUGCAAUGGUUUCUAGCAAAUUAUUUUUAUACCAUUUCAUAAAGUCUCAGAGAUAACAGAUACAGGCUUGUUACCUACUUCCAUGGAAGACAAAAAUGUUGUAUCUUUCUUAGUGUUCAUGGGCUUGUUGGUACCAUCAUGGGCAUUACCUAACCUUUCUAAGCUCAGCUUUCAGAAUGGGUGAUUGGCUUUGUGUUGUCUUCUUUCUUUAACUACUUUUACCUCUCUCUUCCACCUUACCUCACAUCUUGGCUCUGGAUUUGCACUACUAAGGUAAUGAUUCCAUGUUCAUGUGUACAGGUCUGGGAUGGAUUAUAAAUCCAAGGAUGGAGUUUAGAUACUUGAUGAGGCCUUUGCUGUCUGGAAUACUCUCUGUGUGCUCUCUACUUAAAGGCUUAGCUCUGUUGUCAUUUUAAUUUUUCUGUCUCCUUAAUCUGAGCAUGUUGUUCAUAUUAAUGAGACUAACCUCCCAGUAACUCAGAAGCUCUCAAGUAUGAUCUCUAAUUUGAGCAUAAUCAUGUUGUUCCCUUAUGGACACAGACAAGGAGAUAGCAGAUGUGACAGCAAGAUUGCAGGUUCUGAAAUCUGGAAGGCUUCAGUUCCAAUCCACACCCUGAAAAUUUCUGACAUUCUAAUCCUUACAACACUGGGUACAUAUAAAAGGAUGAAUGAACUCUGGAAACAUUAGGAAACUAUACUAUUUGCCUUGAGAGUUGUAUCAUAGGAGAAAAAGACAUUUUUAUUCUCUACUCAAGCUCUUGGCUCUUUUGUUUCUUGCAUCCUUGGCUACGUGUGCCAUUGCUCACCCCCAUGGUUAUUAUUACAGCAAGUUUAGUGUGACUGACUCUGCUUCUACUUUUUCACCAUGUUUUUCAGCCUCGUGUUUUUAUAUGCCAAUGGUACUUUGCCACACAUGGU